AUGGAGACGACGGAUCGGAAUAAUACAACAUGCAUUUGUUCUGACCUGCAGACCGAUGAUUACUCCCCAACGUAUGCAUGGUAUAACUACGUGUUGAUCAUUUUUGCGCUUCCAACGCUGUCAAUUUUCGGAGUCUGCACCAAUAUCAUCAAUUUGUUUAUCUAUUCCCGCCGACGGAUGAAAAGUUCUGCAAACACAUAUCUCCUAUUCUUGGCGUGCUCAGAUUUUCUGGUGAUCCUAACCGGGCUUUUCAUUUUUUGGAUUGACAGCGCCAGGUCCUAUAUUCCGGAGUUAACGCGUGCUCCCUACACUACAGUAUACACGCUACCUUUGGGCUAUAUGGCCCAGACAUGUAGUGUAUACUUUACCGUAGCGGCGGCAGUGGACUGCUAUGUGAACGUGUGCAUCCGGCGGCUCGCUCCCAGCUACUGUAGCGUCAAAAAUGCUAAGCAAAUCUGUUAUGCGAUAACGGCACUCAGUAUUUUGUACAAUUCGCUGAGAUUCCCGCAAUUCAACCUUCGAACUUGUUAUCAUGACUUGAGCGAGGAAGCAAUAAUCGAGAUCUGCCCGACCACCCUAUUUCUCGCCAUUAACACCUUCUAUAAUGUAUACCUAUACAUGGUACUAAUGACGUUGCUACCCUUCCUAUUCCUCCUUAUCCUUAAUGCAUUCAUCAUCGUCCAGCAGAGCUCAAGCCAGCGUCCGCAUAACCAGCAUUAUAUCAUCGAACCAGACCAAAAGAACAAACCGAGCAGCGAUGAUACAAUAACAAUGAUUAUGGUCGUCGUCCUAUUCUUAGCAUGCAAUACUUUGGCCCUGUUUGUGAACAUGAUCGAGACAUUCUUCGAGCCCGACCACUUGCUCAUUAAUUAUCUAUCGGACGCAUCCAAUUUCUUGAUCAUUUUCAACUCGUCCGUCAACUGCGUCAUCUAUUUCAUCUUUAACAAAGACUAUAGGGCGUUAUUUUUGCAACAUUACGCGAGGAUGAAGAGGCUUCUCGGUAUGGACUAUUUUUGCUGUAGAUCUGGUGACAGGCGGACUUCAUAUCAGCCUGUGACAGCUAUUCACGAAAAAAUUGCGCAACCAAGUAUUUUGGAGAACGGCAAAAUUCAGGGAAACGGGCCUUCAGAAAAUGGUAGACCGGCUGGGCAAGGCUCACCCCCACUCGAAUUACCAGAACCACCGGUAUGGCAACCACGGCCAUUGACUGAUGACGGGUUAUUGGGAUUGGACACUUUGACAACUACUGACCUCAGCGAUCCGAAAUAUCGCUGGAAUGCCGCCGAAAACGAUUGCUGGGUCCCAAGACAGGCAUGUUUACUC